AUGGCUGCCAACAAGGAACGCACCUUCAUCGCCAUCAAGCCAGAUGGUGUCCAGAGAGGCCUCGUCGGAGAUAUCGUCAAACGCUUCGAGCAGAAGGGCUUCCAGUUGGUGGCCAUGAAGUUUACUCAGGCCAGCAAAGAACUCCUUCAGCAGCACUACAUUGACCUGAAGGACCGUCCCUUCUUCAAUGGACUGGUGGAGUACAUGGGCUCUGGUCCUGUGGUAGCCAUGGUCUGGCAGGGAAUGAAUGUGGUGAAGACUGGCCGUGUCAUGCUUGGUGAGACCAACCCAGUUGACUCCAAACCUGGCACCAUCAGAGGAGACUUCUGCAUACAGGUUGGAAGGAACAUCUGUCACGGCAGUGACUCCGUGGAAAGUGCCAAGAAAGAGAUUGCCUUGUGGUUCAAAGACAAUGAACUGGUUGAAUACUGCGGCUGUGCCCACCAAUGGCUGUAUGAGAACUGA